AAUUUCAUCUUUACUAAAAAAAAAAUACAUAAGAAAUGGAGUUGAACUUCCAAAAUUAUGGGUUUUCUUCAUCAUUGGCAAAGAAAGCUCAAUUGAACGGUCGGAACUCGAAUAGAAACAAAUUUGUUGGCGUGAGACAGCGUCCGUCAGGAAAAUGGGUGGCGGAGAUCAAGAACACCACCCAGAAGAUCCGGAUGUGGCUCGGGACUUUUGACACCGCGGAGGAAGCCGCCAGGGCGUAUGACGAGGCGGCUUACUUGCUCCGUGGUUCCAACGCCCGCACUAACUUUAUCCAUCAUGUACCCAUUAACUCCGCGCUCUCUCUCAAAAUCCGAAACUUACUCAACCACAAGAAAUGCCUUAGACAAAAGUCACAAAACAACCCCACCCCCAAAACCAUACCAAAUUCCAACACUAAUACCAAAACCAUCACCAACAUCAUCAACACCCAAAAAAGCUCCGAAAACGUCUCGAAACAUGCAUUAAAGACUUGUACGGUACAACUCAACAAUGCAAAGACCGAAACUUUUUCAUCUGGGUAUCAAGGAAAUGAGGUGUUUGAUGAUGGGUAUAAGCCAGAUUUGACAAACUGCAUCUCGGGUGUCGCGAUCGGGGGUCCAGGUGGCGAUUCUUGCUAUGAACUACAGUCUGAGUUGCCACUUGCAUUUGAUGGGUUUGAAUUUGGUCUAGACUCAAAAAAAGAUGAUCAAGAUGAUGUGAGCACAAGUGACUUUGAGAGGAUGAAGGUUGAGAGACAAAUAUCUGCAUCAUUAUAUGCCAUGAAUGGUGUGAAUGAAUAUUGGGAGAAUGUUUUUCAGGAUUGCAGUGACAACAGUAGUUAUUGGGAUCUGCCAAUGUUGUCACAGAUGUUCUGCCCAAUUACUUAGAAUAUUUUAGGUUGUUAGUUUCUGUUUUUAUUGUUUGGGACCAAUUUGUUUGGAUUUCAUUUGGGAAUUCCUAUGCUAAACCAAGAUAAAAAAAAAAAAGUUAAAAACAGACUCAUAUUAUAUUUGUUGUUUA